AUGCAAGCCCAUUGUUCAGCCCAGGUGUACGAGGCUGAUGGCGAUAAAACAGGAAUUUUUCUCAAAAUUUUGGAGUCUGGAUACUUGUUGGUUUUGCAGGGGCAGGAAAGUUUUGAUACAAUACCUCUGCUAUAUGCUUCAGAUUCUUGCAAAGUUCACCAGAAAUCUGACAACCUCAUGUUUCGAUUUACUCUGAAGGGAGAGAGCCGCAUGAUGAGGAUGCAGUUUGAUGGAAGUAGCAAGGCAGAGGCUAUCAAACAGUGUUCAAGUGCUGUGAAAAAACUGAUGGAGUACUUACCUGUCACCACACAGCAAGACACCCUGCCGGCUUCGAAUCAGACCCCUGCCGGGGAUUCUGUGCCAGUGAAACAGGUUUCCCACUUUGCAAUUCAAACAAUAAAAAUGUUGGAUUUAUCAAGCAUUAUUAUAUUAAUACACUUCUUAGGAGGGACUGCUGUGACUCUGCCUCAAGUGUAUCGCCACAGUUCUUUGGCACACAUCGACCUGGAGCCCGUCCUGCGUUUAUGUCUCCUUGAUCCCAGCUUUCCUGCGUUUGUGGAGAAUGUGGAGGGGGAGCUGAGGAAACUGCUUGAAGAAUGAGGAAUCUCAUCUACAGCUGAAGGCGAAGAGGUCAAGUCAGUGCAAU